AUGCCCCCUCAACCCCCAGCCGCCGCCCCCUGGCGCGCCCUCUUCCUGUCCGGCCUCGAAAAAUCCUCUGCCUCCUCCUUCACCCUCUCCACAAUCGCGCACAGCAACAACCCAGCCAAACCACCCGUCCCGCGCGCCCGCACCGUCGAAUUCCGCGGCUUCUUCCCCAAACCCGCGUCGUCGCUGCACCAGUCUGCGCUCGACGCGCUCAAGGCGCAGGGGAUUGGCCUGAAUCCCGAGGUGUACGAGAGUGAGCUCUUUGCGAUUACGACGGAUAGGCGGAUGGGCAAGGUUGGGCAGAUUGCUGGGUCGGGUGCUAGUGGGGAUAGUAGAGGUGGUGAGGGAGGGGAGGAGGCUGUCGAGGGCGUGUUUUGGUUUGAGGAGGGGGUUAUGACUCAGUGGAGGGUUCGGGGGAAGGGGGUUACGAUUGGGGGCGAUGGAGCUGGGGAGGAGGGGGUGCGCCAGAGGAUUUUCCGGAGGAUGAGGGUUGUUGAGGGUGCUAAUAGGGAGUCGAUCUCGGAGGAGGUCAAGAAGUGGGAGUGGGAGAGGCAGGUUACGACGUAUUUUGCGUCGCAUACGCCUGCUAUGCGAGGCUCAUACAAAAACCCAACCCCUGGCACGCCUCGAUCCCAGAACCCGUCUAAUCCGCAGUGGAAGUUGAAUCAGAAGGUUGAGGACUUGCAGGAUCCGGCUGCAAGAGAGAACUUUCGGGUAUUGGUUAUUCUGCCCGAGGAGGUAGAGAGGUUGGAUCUCUCGAAUCCGGAAGAUGUGCGGCGGACGAGGUGGACGUUUGUUGAGGAUGAGAGUGGGGGCAAGUGGGAAGAGACUGAAUUAUGGCCGUGA